UUAGCGCUCAAAAGUAUUUUAAAUUAGCACUUAGACAUUAUUGUCAGCUUUUAGUGCUCAAAACUAUCACUUAUUGUAUUCUCCUUAUAGCCUACACUACUUGUGUGAUUGCUACUUAUCACCUACUUUUUGUUUAUUGCAUGCACCUCGACUAAUUCCAUGGGUUACUUGCUACCUCCCACCAGCACAGAUACCGGGUAACUAUGUCCAAGAAAGCUUGGACAUAUGGGAAGAAAUCACCUAUUGUCUUUUGCGAAGGGUGCUUAUCACUUACUUCUAUUACCAGCCAAAAGUUACAAAAUGAUAGUACGACAAGAUUAAAUAUUUAUCUGAAAACAUUUUACUCAUGCCAAAUAGAUAUGAAGCAUCGAAAUAACCCAUAGAUGAACCUUACUAGCUGCAAUUCCUUGUUGUGCUCAGAUUUGUCGAAACCCUAUGCAUCAUUGGCAGAAUGCUUUCCCUCUCAAGCAAUUUGUUCACCUCCUUAUGUGAUGCUACUGUAUUCUUCAAAAUAUUUAUGACCCUAUGUUUAUUUGAAGCUGGUUGUAGGAUAAUCCAGCCUUAAAUACAUACCAUCUGCUUCUGGGACUUGUAAGUUCAUCUUGUAAUGGCUGUGCAACUGAGCACUUGCUUAGUUCUAAGCUGGUUCCACCAUUAAGUUUCUAUCUUUUAGGGUCCAAAUCUCUUUCCACCUGUUUUAAAACUAUUUUUUCUUUCCUCAUCCUUAACUCGCUGCAUCCGAGAAUGUACGGAGGUGGUGCAACUCAGUUUCCAACAAUCUCACAUGCUCCCGAACUUUAACAACAACAGAAGACCCGGUGUAAUCCCACAAGUGAGGUCAUCCGAAAUGUAUUUGGAAUCUCAGUUGUCAUGGAAUGUGAUAAUCCCUGCUGAGAACCUUAAUGUUGAAGGCUUAAUGCUUCAGAAGGCAAUUGUUGUUCGCCUCUUGGAAGACUUUGCUUCCAAGAAGGCUUCAAAAAAUCUUGGUUACUUUAUGGCUGUCACAACAUUGGAGAAGAUUGGGGAAGGGAGAGUUCGAGAACACACUGGUGACGUGCUUUUCCCUGUGGAAUUCAGCUGUGUUACCUUCAAGAUAUUCCGUGGAGAGAUCUUGGAAGGGGUUGUUGACAAGAUCUUGAAGCACGGUGUCUUUCUGAGAUGUGGCCCCACCACCAAGGUAUACCUCUCUCAUCAGAAGAUGUCGGACUAUAAGUAUGUGCCUGGAGAAAAUCCCAUCUUUAUGAAUGAGAAGAUGUCAAGAAUUGAGAAAGACACUGUGGUGCGUUUCAUUGUGGUUGGAGCAAGGUAUGUGGAGGCGGAGAAGGAAGUCCAAGCAGUUGUGAGCUUGGAGGGUGAUUACCUUGGACCCAUCUCACAAAGUUCUGUUUAGAUUUAGGUUACUCGCCAUGAUUGGCUCAUUUUGGACAUAGACCAAUGACAUGUAAAGCUAACUUCUGUAGCUAUAUCUGUGUUUAGUACUGUUUUGGAUUGAAUGUGAAUUUACUGUUUAUGUUGUUGA